AACUUCUCUUUCUUCAACCUUACUGCGCUGAACGACAGUCGCUAUGAGGUGUACCUGCUGUGGUGGACUUUGCAGCGAUGCGUGAUGCUGUCAAGCGACUGGAUGGUGAUCCCAACAAGAUCAACCCUGUGUGUCCAGUGGAUCUAGUUAUUGACCAUUCAAUACAGGUGGAUGUGGCACGCAGUUUGUUGAAUUCUCCCAACCCUGGUGGAGGUCAAAGUUCGUGUAAAAGGUCAGGGUCUGCCUCUUGUUCGCAGUGUUCCUUUCUAAAAAGCCAGCCAUAUACUUGUCCUGGACUGCAGAGAGCAGGUGUGGAAGCUUUAGAAAAGAACCAGGAACUAGAGUUUGAGAGAAACAAGGAACGCUUUGUGUUUCUGAAGUGGGGAGCUAAAGCAUUACAGAACAUGAUGAUUGUCCCCCCUGGUUCUGGAAUCGUCCACCAGGUGAACUUGGAAUAUUUGGCAAAAGUGGUGUUUGACUCUAACGAUAUUCUAUAUCCUGACAGUCUGGUUGGUACCGAUUCUCACACCACAAUGAUCAACGGGCUCGGUGUGGUCGGCUGGGGUGUCGGAGGGAUCGAGGCUGAAGCAGUCAUGUUAGGACAGGCCAUUAGUAUGGUGCUACCACAGGUUGUUGGGUACAAAUUGACUGGAGUGGUCAACCCUCUGGUCACUUCCACAGACGUUGUGCUGACAAUUACUAAGAACUUGAGACAGAUUGGUGUGGUUGGAAAAUUUGUGGAGUUUUUUGGCCCUGGUGUUGAACAUCUCUCGAUUGCUGACCGUGCUACUAUCUCCAAUAUGUGUCCAGAGUAUGGAGCCACCAUUGGAUUUUUCCCUGUGGACGGGAAAAGUCUAGAGUAUUUACGUCAAACAGGUCGUCACAAUGACAAGAUACAACAGAUAGAGAAAUACCUCCAUGCUGUCAAUAUGUUUCGUAACUAUGGUGAUUCAUCCCAGGAUCCUGUAUUCUCACAGAUUGUGGAGCUUGAUCUUUCUACCAUUGUAUCCUGCUGUUCUGGUCCCAAGCGUCCCCAUGACAAAGUGGCUGUGACUGACAUGAAGACGGACUUCCAAGCAUGCCUCAACAACAAAGUCGGCUUCAAGGGAUUUGCCAUUCCUGGGGACCGCCAAUCUGUCACUGCCCCAAUUGUCUUUGACAACCAGGAAUAUUUAUUGUCCCAUGGGUCUGUUGUCAUAGCAGCCAUCACAAGCUGUACCAACACCAGUAAUCCGUCAGUAAUGUUAGGGGCGGGGCUACUGGCAAAGAAGGCAGUGGAGGCGGGGCUAAGUGUGAGUCCCUACAUCAAGACAAGUCUGUCACCAGGCAGCGGAGUUGUGACAUACUACCUUAGGGAGAGUGGGGUCACGCCUUAUCUACAAAAACUGGGAUUUGACAUUGUGGGUUAUGGCUGCAUGACCUGUAUUGGAAACAGUGGACCUCUACCAGAGCCUGUAUCAGAGGCCAUAGAAAAGAAUGAUUUAGUAGCAUGUGGCGUGCUCUCAGGGAAUCGUAACUUUGAAGGACGAAUCCAUCCCCUGACACGGGCUAAUUACUUAGCUUCUCCGCCCCUUGUCAUAGCCUACGCACUCGCUGGAACUGUUCUCGUGGACUUUGAAACACAGCCCUUAGGAACUAAUGGUGAAGGAAAAGAUGUGUUUCUCAGGGAUAUCUGGCCGACAAGGGAAGAAAUCCAGGAGGUAGAGAAGCAGUUUGUUGUUCCUGCCAUGUUUACAGAUGUCUACUCAAGAAUCACAGCUGGUAACAAAAGAUGGAAUAGUCUUGAAGCCCCAUCAGAUAUCUUGUAUCCAUGGGACCCGAAAUCCACCUACAUCAAAUCUCCGCCGUUCUUUGAGACUAUGACAAAAGAGUUACCCUCCCAGACAGGAUUGAAAGAUGCAUUUGUGCUUCUAAACCUUGGAGACUCUGUUACCACAGAUCAUAUUUCACCUGCAGGGAGUAUCGCCCGAAACAGUUCUGCUGCUCGCUACCUUGGGUCUCGAGGAUUGACCCCAAGACAGUUCAACUCCUACGGGUCUAGACGUGGAAAUGAUGCUGUGAUGACACGUGGAACUUUUGCUAACAUCAGAUUGGUUAAUAAAUUUGUGUCUAAACCGGGACCAAGGACUGUUUAUCUACCCAAUGGAGAGGAGAUGGACAUCUUUGAAGCAGCAGAGCGGUAUCGCAAUGAAGAACAGCAAGUGAUUGUGUUGGCUGGGAAGGAUUACGGAUCAGGAUCAUCGCGAGAUUGGGCUGCUAAAGGUCCCUGGAUGUUGGGCAUCAAGGCUGUGAUAGCAGAGAGCUAUGAAAGGAUUCACCGUAGUAAUCUUGUUGGUAUGGGAAUCAUUCCAUUCCAGUACCUGCCCGGCCAGAAUGCCGAGAGUCUCGGUCUGACUGGGAAGGAACGCUUCACUGUCGAUCUCCCUACAGACAUUACGGCUGGCCAGGUCAUGUCAGUAAAGUUGAAUGAUGGACGUACUUUUGAAGUUUGUUGUCGAUUCGACACAGAUGUGGAAUUGGCCUACUUUAGACACGGAGGUAUCCUUAACUACAUGAUACGACAGAUGUUGUAACUACGCCGAUUAUUACCUAGGUUUCCAUGGUGAUGUGCUAUAGAAUGACUGGAUGUCAAAAGCAAUAACUGAGAAACACAGUAACCACUGUUGUCAUGGGUACCAUAGUUGUCUUAAUGAAAUUUAGACUUGUGACCAUGGCAACAAUAGGGAUUGUGUUUAUAAAGACAAUGUGAUAAAGAUAGAAUUUUUUUUUUGUAGAGAAAUUUAUUUGUGUAUAAUUUUUGUAAGAGAGUGAGAGAAAUUUAAACAAGUUUUCAGGUAUAAAACAACCUUGUUUUUCAUGUGAAGGUGUUGAAUGAUUGCGAGUUCAUGUGAUUCUUCCACCACUACAGCUGGUGAUGUUUAUAAAAAACUGUUAAAAAGGAAAUUAGUGGAUCGUGUUGAAAGGUUUAUUGAUAUUUUUCUGACAGAUUUAAUUGUCUAUAUAAUAUAGCAUUACCCUUCCUUAACAAAUUUGGACUGGUCCAGUACUACCCCUAUGAUAAUUUUGGACUCAUCCAGUCCUUAACAAAAUUGGACUGAUGCUAUACUACCUCUUUAGUGAUUUAGGACUGGUCCAGUGACAAUGAUUUUAACAUAUUUGGACUGGUCCAGUGACAAUGUUUUUAACAUAUUUGGACUGGUCCAGUGACAAUGUUU